CAAACGUCAAUGUCUCCUAGCUUGAACGAAAGCCCUCGGACUGACAGCUGACGCCGGUUUGUUUGGUUGCGAUUGUUUACAGUUGUUGUUUUGCAGCAAACGUUUCGUGUUGGCGGUCACGUCGCGCGCACUAAUUUGCGGUUUUUACUCUCGAAAAUGGCAUCAGCGCUAGAUAUUGAUCCAACGUUCAAACACGCACUUAAGCUUCUCCACUCGCCCCACUCGGAUGCGACAGAAAAGAUACGUAAUCUGCUGGACGAACUCAUCAAGCAACGGUAUGGCAGUGGGAAAACGCUAAUUAACACCCUGAGCAAGAAACACCUUGCCGAGGAGCCGCUUGCGGGUGGAAGCAAUCUAUACGUGCGCAAGCAGAAAAUAAUCGAACCGAAGCCCAUCCCGGUGAUAAAUCUCGAUCCGGAUCCGGAACCGAUCGCAACCGGUACGAUCGAGUGCAUAGUGAGCGCACCGGAAGCUCUGACCAUGCCGCCGCUGUCGUCUGGUUCGAUACUGAUCUCUACCUCCGACCUGGAGGGUAAUGACGAGGACGAUGACGUCAUCAUGGAGGAAGAUAAGCUGAAGGAACUGGAAGACUUGAUGUGUGUUGUUUGCCGCUUGAUGGACGUUAGUUCCCGUAACCGGCUGGUCGAAUGUGCCGACUGUCACGCACUGUACCAUCAGGAAUGCCACAAACCCGUCAUUUCGGAAGCGGACGCCAACGACGAGGAAAACGCUUGGUACUGCACAAUCUGUCGCAGCAAACAGACGGUGGCCAAGCUGUCAACUCCAGCUGUGGUGCCCACACCGCCGAUACCCGUCGCAACAUCGCCGUCGCCAACCAUUGGCAGCUCGUCGUCAAAGUCAUCGUCCCAUUCGAAGAGUGGUAGCAGCAAGUCUGCCGAAUCGUCAUCCAGCUCUAGCUCGUCCAGCAGCAGCAAGCAUAAAUCAUCUAAAAGUGGAAACAAAUCGUCGGAUUCUUCGCACGAACGUGAUAGGGAUCGUGACCGUGACCGAGGCGAGCGCGAUCGCGAUCGCGAGCGGGACCGUGAUCGCGAUCGUGACCGCGACCGUGAUCGCGAAAGAGACCGCGAUAGGUCGUCCAAAUCUUCUUCCAGCGGUGGUGGCACUGGCUCAUCGUCGUCGUCCAGCGGGGCUGCGAAUACUGGCUCCAGUGCUGGAAAUUCGGUUGGCACACCGAACAUUAACAUCAUCAGCGCAGAUAAACGAUUGCAAAUGAUGAAGAAAAAGGCUGCAAAAAUGCAAGAUAGCAAAAGGAAGCACAAGUAGACUUGAAAUGAGCGUUAUUGCACUAUAUGUUGCGAAAAAGAGAAGGAUAAAUGGAUGGAUGUAAUUCUUUAGGUAAUGAAAACAUUUUUUGAAAUAUAAUUAUGGAAAGAAUUAAAUGAUUGCAAAGCAUAAUAUUGAGCUCUGAUGAGAGAUACAGAGAGUUGGGAGAAUAAACAGACACACACAAUUUUUCAAAUUCAAUAGGACAAAUAUAGGUCCAUAUAGUGUCCACGAAUUUCGUUUUCGUUUCACACGAUUUAAUCAUUUUAAAACCUAACCACUAGAUACGGUCUACACCAGCGGUAGGCAAAGUCCGGCCCGCGGCCAAAUGCGGCCCGCUGCAACAUUCAAUCCGGCCCGCGAAAGGAUUUGACUUAUUUUGAAAGAUGGGAAACGAUUCGUACACAAUUUUCUGAAGAUCUUUUGGUAUGCCAUAUUAUACCAUCGUAUAUUUUCAACUUUAAUUCAAGUACUAUGGAAUGACGGACCGUUUAGUAUGUUCGAUCUCGAGGUCAAUAUCCCCGUAACUUUUGCAUGAAAAAAUAUGCCAUUUUCGGCUGGGUGCAAAAAAAGAGUAGUUGAAAGGUAAUUAUUUAAGCUUACUUGCUCAAAUAAGUUCAAGACUUUGCGAAUUGCCUUUUGUCGGUUAUCAGGAAUUUUCACCAUGGUGGACAAAGACAUGCAUGAUUUAAGUUCUACCUUUGAUUUUUAUCAAUUCCUCCUAAGUUUUCCCUACAGAAUUGUAAGAAUAGAGUUUUUGCAUCACGUUUGUGCAGAAAAAAAUCGAUCGGACACAGGUAAUGGAUGUUGGACCAGUUCGCAGACUAGAGUGUCAUAUCGAAAUUCUGUCGAAAUCCACCUGAAAUGAUUGCAUUAAGUAUUCGCGUAAUUGUUUGCCACUGCGAAGCCAUUGGAUGCGAUUUCUAUGCCCUGAUCUAUUUAUUCAUGUUUCCCAGGUAUUAUUUUACUGUUUGGUGGGUUGCAUCGAUCUCCCGAUCCAGCUAACGUAGUAAUGUAGCCUCUUGUCCCUCUGUUUUCAUUUCAGCUUCUUUUGGAACCUCAAAAAUAAACCUGGGAUUUCUUUCGAUGCUUUGAUUAUUGCCUAAUAGUGUCAAGAUAUUGGCGACCAAAUUGCCGAAACGGGUAGACACGACGUCCACAAACUUCCGCACGAAGUCCAUUUUGGACGCUAUGGUGUGCCAUUCUUUGAUCGCGCAUGCUUUUCAUUCACUCUUUUGGCCAUGGUUAGAGUUGGACUGAUAGAGGUGUCAAAUUUAGUCUGCUAACUAAUGGGAUACUACUCAAAAAGCAAUUAACGUUUUGUUAGUGCGGGUUAAGAUAAACCCAUGAAAAAUCGACAAUUGUUGUCCAUUUUUUUAAUGCAACCAUUGUAAUAUUAACAUUAUUUUAACACCACAAUAAGACUAUCGAAAUGAAGGUCGCAUACGAAAUUUUAUAAAUAUAAGAUACACUAAAGUCUGGUUGCAAUGAAUUUAUUUAAAGUUUUGCAUACGAUUGUCACUAACGUAAUACAUGGAAAACAAUGAUUUAGAAAUAGUGAAAUAGCAUACUUUUUUCCCGCGAUAAUAUUUGUCCUGCUAUUCGUUCUUCUUAAUUUCACACAAAUCAGUUGUUUUCUUUUUUAUCUGCUUUAGGGGUAUUUUGCAUCGUAUUUGAAAACAAAUAAGAACAUUAAAAAAAACCCUGUUGUUUUCACGAGAACGACGAUUCCACGCUGUUCAUCAGAUUAAUCAAAUUAUCUGGCAUGGCAUAACUUGUCCAUAAAACAUUUUUAUAAAUACUAAAUGCACAUUUGCCUCGAUAAUUUUUCAGUCAAUAACACUUUUGUAUCAUCCCCAGAAUAGCCUUAAUAUUUUUUGCGGCAUGGGAGGAUGGGGUCAUCAAGAAGAGAUAUUGCUCUUGAAUUGAUAUGUUUUGAAUUAUCACACUAUUGCCCUUCUUUUAGCGGUCCUCAAAUGAUUAAAAGAUACAAUUAGUUUUUAAGUAGAUAUUAUCAAUGUUUAACCAUGCUUGGAUGAAACAAUUAUAGGAAAACAGCAAUAAUACAAAUUAUUUUGUUUCUAAAACUUUAUAAUGUAAUAAUUAAAGCAAAAUAAUGGAAAAACCGCAUGCUCCUGGCCCGCGGCUUUAAAUCUUUUACUAAAUUUGACCCUUUGACUCAAAAGUUUGCCCACCGCUGGUCUACACGGCUAGAAAGAACAUUAGUAGGACAUACGUUUGUGCAUGUUCAACUCGUUGUAGGGACACUAUAACAUCGAUGUGCUUCACUAGUGAAAUAGCAAUGAAUACGAAACUCAAAGAUCCAAAAAUAUUCUGGUUUCAGGCAUUAGAUAGGGGGUUUCAGUGGUUCUCAUGAUUUUGGGGCGCUUUCUUUACUCUUUCUACGGGAGGGAAUUUUAUAUGACGGUUCCUUCUUGUACAUGCUCAAAUGGAAUCUAACAAUUUACAAAGGGCAAUUGGAAAUCCAAUAAGAAUUUCUUAUGUGCUAGUCCUAAAAGGACGCCGUAGAAUCCAAUCCCGACUCAUAAAGUUCACAUGCCGUACGAAAAAGUGUCCCAAGAUUAUGAGAACUUCUGAACAAUCGUGUUUUUUUUGUAACAGAAGAACAUGGCAUUCAGUAAAAAAUAAAACUGUCUACACAGAAUAAUAAAUGUUUGACAUUAAAUUUAAA